GUGCACUCUAUAGCAGACUCAAUACUACGUACAUUCCUUACUGCGCGAUACUGUCUCUACGGCCUACGGCUGUCAUAUGGGCCUCGUAUGGUAAUCCGGAGAAUCGGCACCGCUGCCCCGAAGCUUCCCCGUUUCACCCGCCUAUAUCAUCGGACCGGCGGAACUUGCCUGAUCGGUUCCUUGUCAAGGACCAAUGGCAAGUUGUUGUUUCUUGGACCAUAUGCCACCUCCAGCCCGCCUAACCUAAAUUACAUUUGGGAGAAUCCCAUCCCGAGCUUGGCAGAGGAUGGGAAAAUCCCAUUCCCAUCUCCCAUUUUUUCCGAAAAGGUCAGCCUAUUUGAGGUAGUGGCCAGAGGGAGAGGUUAUACGCCAUUCAACAUCAGACGAUUCAGAGUCCCUCACAGACGUAAGCAUUUGCAGGUAGUUAAUCAUUGUACAUUUUCUGCUGAACUUGAACACUCAUCGGGAAAGAUUGACAACUCCUGCCAAUAGAUCAGAGUGUGAGUGCAGUUAAGUGGGUAAGAGCCUUUUCCCCACACCUGUAAUUGGGAGGUAGCCAACCACCAUUCACUUUUGCAGUCGAAUGCGUGCAUAUGUACUCUGUACCCUUCUAAA